UAUGAUCGACAUGCCCACUACACCAAUGCAGUCUUGCAUGUCAUUUUGUUUUGUAGGCUAGUAUUAAUCGAAUUAUUGCUGUAUUCGCUCUUUAACCCCGGAUUGGAAGUAUGGUUGGACGGGGUGGAUGAGGAUCAUGUGCGUAAUCUGGUUGUCGAGUUGCGUCCUCUCCGGAUAAACACCAUGACACCCCCUUCCACCAUGUGCUCCACCCGCACUGUUCUCCAUGUAAUCCAAGACAGUGUUCUUUUCCACUAACCAUAAAAAACAACAACACUAGACCUAAAGCAUCAACCCUCAGCAACACUACUGGUCCUACCGCCGUUGUACUUAAAUGAUUGCUAAUCUAUUUUCCGAGACCCUGUCAUGAUGAAUUACGUCGACAUUAGGAUCCCCUAGGAGCUGCCAAAAGUAGUCUUUCGGUUAAACGAUCGUGCUAUGGGGGUGGAGGAUGAAGCAGUCCUGGAUAGAGGAGCAUCCUUUGUCAAACAUGUCUGUGAUGAAGAGGAGGUGGAAGGCCACCACACGGUGUACGUCGGCGUGCACAUUCCCAAGAGCUUCCACCGCCGCCGCCGCCACCGCCGCAAGUCCAGCCACAAGGAGCGGCGGGAGAGGCCGGCGGAGCGCAGCGCGGACAGCAAGUCGGACGGCGAGGUGGUGGACGAGGCUGCCAUCGGCAUCCUCAAGCCUCUCAUCACCCCGGCCGAGAGGAUCCGCUUCAUCCUGGGCGAGGAGGACGACGGACCCCUGCCCCCGCAGCUCUUCACCGAGCUGGACGAGCUCCUGGCCGUGGAUGGGCAGGAGAUGGAGUGGAAGGAGACCGCCAGGUGGAUCAAGUUUGAGGAGAAGGUGGAGGAGGGGGGCGAGCGCUGGAGCAAGCCCCACGUGGCGACGCUGUCCCUGCACAGCCUGAUGGAGCUGAAGACCUGCAUCGAGACGGGCACCAUCCUGCUGGACCUGGAGGCCUCGACGCUGCCCCAGAUCGUGGAAAUUAUCACCGAUGGCGACCAGCUGAAGCCCGACCUGAAGGAGAAGAUCAUGUACACGUUGCUACGGAAACACCGACACCAGACCAAGAAGUCAAACCUCCGCUCUCUUGCUGACAUCGGCAAAACGGUUUCCAGCGCUAGUCGGCUGUUUUCCAACCAGGAGAACGCCCGCAGUACUCUUGAGUCCCCUGGGCCUUGUGAGGAACCAUGCGAUGGGGCCUUCAGGAGGUCUAGCAUGGGAUACGUCUGUAGUCCCACCACCACCCAUCGCAACGCCACCUCAAGCAGCCUCAGUGACUUCUCCGAGAAGGCUGAGCGGGACCAGGCGAAGAACAAGUUCAUGAAGAAGCUGCCCCGGGACGCGGAGGCCUCCAACGUGCUGGUGGGAGAGGUGGACUUCCUGGAGACCCCCUUCGUAGCCUUCGUGCGUCUCCAGCAGGCGGUCAUGCUGGGGACCCUGACGGAGGUCCCGGUGCCAACCAGGUUCCUGUUCGUUCUCCUUGGGCCGAAGGGGAAGGCCAAGUCGUACCAUGAGAUCGGGCGGGCCAUCGCUACCCUGAUGUCAGACGAGGUGUUCCACGACAUCGCCUACAAGGCCAAGGACCGGCAGGACCUGCUGGCCGGCAUCGAGGAGUUCCUGGAUGAGGUCAUCGUCCUGCCGCCUGGGGAGUGGGACCCGGACAUUCGGAUAGAGCCGCCCAAGUCCGUCCCCUCCGCAGACAAGAGGAAGCACAACUACGCCGCCGUGGAGAUGCCCCCGAUGAACGGAGACACGCCCCACGACAUGGGCCCCGGGGGGGGCGGGGGGCACGAGGUGGGGGAGGAGCUGCAGUGCACCCGGCGGUUUUGCGGGGGCCUGAUUCUGGACGUCAAACGGAAGCUGCCGUUCUUUGCGAGCGACUUCUACGAUGCACUGCACAUCCAGACUCUGUCCACCAUUUUGUUCAUCUACCUGGGCACCGUCACCAAUGCCAUCACGUUUGGCGGGUUGCUAGGCGACGCUACGGACAACAUGCAGGGCGUGCUGGAGAGCUUCCUGGGAACAGCCCUGACGGGGGCCGUGUUCUGUCUGCUGGCCGGACAGCCCCUGACGAUCCUCAGCAGCACCGGGCCUGUGCUUGUCUUUGAACGGCUGCUCUUCAACUUCAGCACGACCAACGGCUUUGACUACCUGGAGUUCCGUCUGUGGAUCGGGCUGUGGUCGGGGGUGUUCUGCCUGGUGCUGGUGGCCACGGACGCCAGCUUCCUGGUGCAGUAUUUCACCCGCUUCACCGAGGAGGGCUUCUCCGCCCUCAUCAGCUUUAUCUUCAUCUACGACGCCUUUAAGAAGAUGCUGAAGCUCGCCCACCACCAUCCCAUCAACACGGGCAACCUCGUCCCGCAGUACGACUGUCGCUGCAUACCCCCCUUACCAGGUAAUUUGACGGAUCUAUACAGCAAUGAUACCUCCUGGGGCAGCACUACUCCAAUGCCGGGGAACGUGACGGUGAACGUGAGCUGGGCGUCCCUGGACAAGGAGCAGUGUCUGGGCCUCCGGGGCUCGAUGGAGGGCAGCGCCUGCACCUUCGUGCCGGACAUCACCUUGAUGUCCUUCAUCCUGUUCUUCGGGACCUACACCUGCUCCAUGUGCCUGAAGAAGUUCAAGACCAGCCGCUUCUUCCCCACCACGGUCAGGAAGCUUAUCAGCGACUUCGCCAUCAUCCUAACCAUCUUCCUGUUCUGCGGCGUGGACGCCUUGGUGGGCGUCAACACACCCAAGCUGCUUGUUCCCAGCGAGUUCAAGCCCACCCACCCCGGCAGGGUCUGGUUCAUCCCCCCGUUCGGAGGCAACCCCUGGUGGGUGUGCCUGGCGGCGGCGCUGCCCGCCCUGCUGGUCACCAUUCUCAUCUUCAUGGACCAGCAGAUCACCGCCGUCAUCGUCAACCGGAAGGAGCACAAGCUCAAGAAAGGGGCGGGCUACCACCUGGACCUGUUCUGGGUGGCGGUGCUGAUCAUCGUGUGCUCCUUCACCGGCCUGCCCUGGUACGUCGCGGCCACCGUCAUCUCCAUCGCCCACAUCGACUCCCUAAAGAUGGAGACCAAGACCUCCGCGCCCGGGGAGAUGCCCAAGUUCCUGGGAGUCAGGGAGCAAAGGGUCACGGGGGUCAUCGUGUUCAUCCUGACCGGACUGUCUGUCUUCAUGGCUCCCAUCCUCAAGUUCAUCCCAAUGCCCGUGCUCUACGGAGUGUUUCUCUACAUGGGAGUGGCGUCGCUCAACGGAGUCCAGUUCAUGGACCGCCUGCAGCUGCUGCUGAUGCCCGCCAAACACCAGCCCGACCUCAUCUACCUGAGGCAUGUCCCGCAGCGCCGCAUCCACCUCUUCACCUUCAUUCAGGCGCUCUGCCUGGCCCUGCUGUGGAUCCUCAAGUCCACCGUGGCCGCCAUCAUCUUCCCUAUCAUGAUCCUGGCUCUGGUGGCGGUCCGCAAGGCCAUGGACUACCUGUUCUCCCAGCACGACCUAAGCUACCUGGACGACGUCAUCCCCGAGAAGGACAAGAAGAAGAAGGAGGACGAGAAGAAGAAGAAGAGCAGCAAGAAGAAGGGGAGCAUCGACAGUGAGAUCGACUUUUCUGAGUAUCCCUCCCACGAACAUAUCCCCGGUAUUAAAAUCUCUAUGGAUACUAUGGAGCAGGAGCCAAUGUUGGGGACUCAGUUUGAUAUCUCGACAGGGAUCCCCAUCAGAAGUCUGCACCUCAGAGCCGAAUGGAGCUGGCCGCCGAAAGCAACGGGUUCUGCUGGAGGAAUAAAGGCUCUGAGACGCCCAUGUAAACCCGUCCACCUCCCAGCACUGAGAGAACCAAGGAAAGCACAUCUGCAUCAAAACCAGCACCGCUAGCCAACCCAACCAGGCCCCACACUGCAUUACCACCCCUCUGCAAGCAGGGGGACGGGAUCUUUGUUUUAAAAAAUGUCCGUUGUAUGUCAAUGUGAAAUGUGUGCCGGUGGCACUGAGUGCGUCACUUGACGGACGUGGUUUAUGAGGACAGCGGUGGGCCUCCUACCUCCAAGUGUAUUUGAGGUUUUUCAUGCAAAGUCAUUAAUUAAUUUGAAGGCACCCCUCAAAAGCUGUUAAUUUUUUAUUUAAGGUAAAUCUGGAAAACAAGGUGUUUCAGACGCUGAUAAUGUGACAUGUGGACUAUGACUGUUCAGACCAAAGCGACGUCCUUGCGAAGGGUUUUUAUUUUAUGUUUAUACCCGUGUAGUACUUUUCCAAUGUUCGUGAUUUUGUAUUUUGUAAAAAUGCAUCCGCAACAAAAUUGGACUCUUCAUUUUUAAUUUUUAGGAUUGUAUCGUGUCUUAAGCGUUUUUUUUAUAUUAGAUCUGUACUUCUAGAAUCAUUUGCUUUAAACCAUAAAAACACAGCUUUAUUUAAAGGGUCAAGAGUCCAAGGUCAUAGCAUGUAUCUGUUGUGGGGAAAUAUAUAGUGCAUCAAUUUUUUAUUAACGUGAUGCAUAUGUAAUUAUGUUCCAUUAUAUUUUAGAGACAUCAAUGAUUAAAUCAUCUCCUUAAACCUGCCGUUAUGAAUACAAAUGUGCAAAGCAUCCUAAUUAUAACUUUUUUUUAAAGCUGCAAACUUGCAAUUUUUGUGCAAUCCAGAUGACCACUUUCAGUCUCCCUUUACAAACAAACCAAGGAUUUAACACCAUGACCUGUAUUCUACCACGUAACAAUCCUUCUCUUAAAGCACACCCUAAUCAUGUAGUUUACUAAUGUGUCUUAAUAGCUUUAGUUCUCCUUCUAUGGAGGUGCCAGGCUCAACACACUGAGAGAAGUGAAUAAAACCGUUACCUGGAAUACUGUUUCAUCUAUUAAUGGCUUUUAAGGUUUCGGUUUUUUUAAUGUUGCAAAAAUGGCGUAUGCAUCUGCAGCCAUCAAAAAUCUCUUUAUUUUGAAUUAAAACGUAACAUUUGACCAGUGUUACAUUUUUACCAAUUUUUUUUUUUACAAUUUCUCACAAAGAAAGGCAAACUGCUUUAAAUUGUUUCUUAUUUACAGUUAUUUAUCUUGAUUACUCUCAAUUUUGGAAAACUUUUAAUUUUCUCAGGCCAAAUACUUUGAAACUAUGCAAUUCUUGAUGUCGAACCUGAAUGUUCAAUUUUUUUAUAAGUUUCAGCUGUCUGACUUUUUUUUCCAAGGAUAUUUGUAUAGAUUACUGCCAGAGAUCAUAUUUCAUAUUUCCCAUCUAAAUUCUUAGAUCUAAUUGGUAGGCUACUUCUCAAGCAAAUGUAUCAAUGUGCUAAUUAGUAAUUUUUUAUUUAAUGUGGACCUAAUACUAAUCUAUGCAGUUAUUUAUAAGGUGAAGGACAACACCCGAAUAUAUUAGUAGCGGUAAUAUUUAAACCUGAAGAGAGUUAGACUCGAGUUGUUAUUUAGAUUACCAGUGCUUUACCUGUAUUUAUAUUAUCUGGGCUUCACAAUGAAUGUACAAUUUUCUACACAGAAAGAAUACAAGCUAUCAAAACUGCAGAAAGAAGGCAGAGGUGAAGA